GCGUUACCCGAGCCUACCGCUAGCCUGAUGUUGGCAGAGACCGUUCAGGAUGCUUUGUUGCCGUCUCUUACUUGGGAAGCCAAUGAUGCAAAGUGGCGUGAUGAGAACCCGGUCACGCUUCUCCACCGAUUGAUGAAUGAGAGCACUCCCAUCUACGACAAGAAGACCCAGUUCCUCAUUUCGGUGCGAAACA